GGCGGGGGCGCGCACGGCGGGCGCGGGGGCGUGCACGCCGUUGCCAAGCGGCGAGUUCCGGCCGCCGUAGCUGAAGACAAAAGGAAGGAAGAAUAUAAUAAAAUGUCACCUGAAGUGGCCUUGAACAGAAUUUCUCCAGCACUUUCACCCUUCAUUUCCAGUGUGGUCAGAAAUGGAAAAGUAGGACUAGAUGCUACUAAUUGCUUACGGAUUACAGACUUGAAGUCUGGCUGUACAUCCUUGACCCCUGGACCCAGCUGUGAUCGUUUUAAACUACAUAUCCCUUAUGCGGGAGAAACACUCAAAUGGGAUAUAAUUUUUAAUGCUCACUAUCCUGACCUGCCACCAGAUUUUAUCUUUGGAGAGGAUGCUGAGUUUUUACCAGAUCCUUCUGCCUUGCAUAAUUUAGCUUCCUGGAACCCUUCAAACCCCGAAUGCCUCCUGCUUGUUGUGAAAGAGCUUGUGCAGCAGUAUCACCAAUUUCAGUGCAGCCGGUUACGGGAGAGCUCUCGGCUCAUGUUUGAGUAUCAGACUUUGCUUGAAGAGCCCCAGUAUGGAGAAAACAUGGAAAUAUAUGCUGGCAAAAAAAACAACUGGACUGGAGAAUUCUCAGCUCGUUUCCUCUUGAAGUUGCCUGUUGAUUUCAGCAAUAUUCCUACAUACCUUCUCAAGGAUGUGAAUGAAGACCCUGGAGAAGAUGUUGCACUUCUCUCCGUUAGUUUUGAGGACACAGAAGCCACUCAGGUUUUUCCUAAGCUGUACCUCUCCCCACGUAUUGAACAUGCACUUGGAGGAUCAUCUGCUCUUCACAUCCCAGCCUUUCCUGGUGGAGGUUGUCUCAUUGACUAUGUACCCCAAGUAUGCCAGCUGCUAACAAACAAGGUACAAUAUGUUAUUCAGGGAUACCAUAAGAGAAGAGAGUACAUUGCAGCUUUCCUGAGUCACUUUGGAACUGGUGUGGUAGAAUAUGAUGCAGAAGGAUUCACAAAGUUGACUCUGUUGCUGAUGUGGAAAGACUUUUGCUUCCUUGUUCACAUUGACCUACCCCUGUACUUUCCUCGAGACCAACCAACCCUAACAUUUCAGUCCGUCUACCACUUCACUAACAGUGGCCAGCUGUACUCCCAGGCCCAGAAGAAUUACCCAUACAGCCCCCGAUGGGAUGGCAAUGAAAUGGCCAAGAGAGCAAAGACAUAUUUCAAGACAUUUGUCCCUCAGUUCCAGGAGGCAGCAUUUGCUAAUGGGAAGCUUUAGACAGCUUCAGGCAUGGAAACUAUACUGGACAGAUCCUUCGGUCUGCACAUGUCGGCCCAGAAGAAGAAUGCCUGGAAAUGGCUUGGACUGUCUUGAUAGGUGCUUUCUUGCCUCUGAACUGGUUUUGGUAGCUUCAGUUUUUGAAACAAAGACCUCACUAGCAUGCUUAGAACUGAAUAUUUGGUAUUAGUCCUGCCCCUUUGCCUCUGCCACCACCAUUUCUUUCUGUAUCUGUUGGAUUAAAUUUAAAAGGGCGUGUAUUGAUAUGAUAACACUUUCUUGUGCCAACAAUGUCCUGUGUGUUAUGCCUUGUUUCCUUGUCUUCAGAUGUUCUAAAUUGGAUUGGUUUUCCCCAUGGAAAUAUAAUGUAAUGUGUAUAUUUAGUUAACAUUUUCAGCUUAUCCUCAGAAAACAUGAAACUGCUGUAUGUACAGGGAAUGCCUGACAGACUGUACAGUGCCAUAUUCUGCCUUUGGAGGUUUGUGUCUCACUGUGGUUGUUACUCUCACAGGUAUGGAUAUGAGUUGCACACUUCAAUUCUCAGUGCCUUUCCAGUGGAUCUGAAGUUACUAUAGCAAGGUGUUUGAGGUUUGGUGGUUUUUCUAAUGCUUCUGUUGAAAGCUCAUCUUACGUGAAAUGUUAGGUUUUUAUGCUUUGUUUUUAUUUCCAGUUGUACAAUUUUGGUGUUUUCCUAACAAGAGUCCCUUGCCAUUAUGAAAAAGUUCUACUUCUUUAGUACCAACAUGCAAGUAACUAGUUAUUUAAACCAAUAUAACAAAAUAAAGCUCUUUCUUAGAUGUGUAAUUUUGCCAAAUGAGAUAAAUACUAUUAUAAAGCAAACUUUCAACAAAGGAAUGAAUGAUGUCUUGGAAAAUAACUGCUGAAAUAACGUAGGGCUAUAGAUAUUUAGCUUAAUGCUUAAGUUCAGCGUAUCUUCUCAGAAAAUAUUUUUAAGCGUAUAUAACUGGAAACAUUGCCUCCCCUAAUUCUGAAAGGCCAAAUGCAAAAUUCCACCUAUUCAUCCUUUCUUUCCUGCUUGUGUCAGGCGUACCAGUUGGGACUAAUGGUCACGAUGUCACUUCCCCAAUUAAUUUGUGAAUAGACCAAGGUACUUUCCAGUAAGGAAUAAAAUUAACAGAGUAUGUUGCUUAUAAAUGGUAUCUGGAAAAUGUGCUCUACUUCUGCUAACUACAAGGAACUAAGUGAAUAGUAUACAGAUGAUACAGUGGAACUGGAAAACAUUUAAUUUUAAAUUAUUCACUGUAGCAUCACAUGCAAGGAAGUCUUGUCAAACUACUUGAUUGGCAGUAUUCUCCUACCCUUUCUACAGCUUGUUAUUUCUCAUGAAAAACAGUGCUUUUCAGGGUUUGUAUUCACCUAGGAAAUACAGAUGGGUUUGAGCAUUGAAGCUUAAUGAUUAAGAAUUAUGCAAAUAAUUUGCCUCUAGAAACUACAAGUAUUUUUAGCUAGUUUGUGGGCAAAAUUUAAUUUAUGUUUAAUACUGACGUUCUUGGCUGAAAAUUAAGCUACAAAACUACAAACAAAAUCAGAAGCUUUAUUGUAAGUCUGCAGAGAAGGCAUAUUCUGUCCUGUGACCUACCCCUUUGUGAUUCUCAGUGCAUUUUCUGAGGACUGUCAACAGUUUCAAAGGCCUGAGCCUGAAUUCCCUCUGCGGAGACAUUUGCAUGCAUAGAGCAGAUGUAGAAGGUAAUGGUUUUUUGUGAAUAGCAAAAUCAUAAUUGAACAACCUCAAGUGACUAAGAACAAAAUAUUGUUAGUAUACUGGGAUGAUCUCAUGUUUGCAUUUAUUUAGGUAAAGGCCAAAGCCACAGACGCAUAUUCAAGAAUAAGCCAGCCUUGUGAAUGUGGUGGGAGAAGGAGGAUGGCUAGUGAAAAACAUUUCUUCGCAUAGUAUUCAAAAUCUGAUAGAAACAAUCUCUAGCCGUCUUCAAAAGGUAUAAACCAAGCCCUUGAGUUGCAUCAGCACAUUCCUGGAAUCUUACAUUUUAUAAGUUUGAUUCGGUGUUGUACCGAUUGCCCCAUGAGCACAGUGUGUGCUUUUAUAUACCUGAUUGCCCAAGUGGCACCAGUUAUUUAUUUAUUUUAUUUUAUUUUUUCAGAAGUUAUCAUAAUUCAAAAGCUAGCAGUUGUAAAAUAGUUUGAGAAGUGGUCCGUUCUUCAGAAUUUAGAUUUAUUCUCCACCAAAAAUGCAUCCUUCACCUCAGUCCUAGUCAUUUUGGACAAUGAACUGCUUUAUUAUUAAAGAGUUUUAGAAACCAUGUAAGAAAAUAUUUUGAGGGUACAGAAAGCCUAAACCAGCAAUUCAUUGUGUUAAAUUCAAUAGUUUCACCAACUUUUCACUGACAUACAUAGAAACAAAUCAGUAGUUUCAGUCUAAUUUUAACAUCAUGCUGGUAGUAUUUUGGGGAAAAAAAAAAAAAAAAGAGGUAGAAAAGGUGAAAAACUGUACUGUUUGUGUUCAAGGUAAGCUUAUCAAUUUUCAGAUUAGAAGAAAAGGCAUUUUUGUUACACUUAAAGAAUAUUUUCUUUAUUUCAAGAUCACCCUUUACUCUUUGACCUACAUAUUUUAUGAAAUAAAAUUUUAUGGUAUUUUGUGAUCCCUUUUUAGUAGUUCUCAGAAGUAUUGGGAGUGUUAGCUCCCAAAUGAGGUAUUGAGAGGAGAGACACUGAAAUGAAUGGAACCUUCUCUCCGGGAGAAUUACCAUAUAAAUACUAUACCAGAAGAGAGGGUUUGUUUGAAAAAUUUUAUGUCAACCCAAGUAUCCAUUGAAGGCGUUUAAGUUAGCCACAAAAGUUGGGAUCUAAUGAGUUGGAGUUAUUUCUGUUAUCUCCUGUUUUAUUAUAAUUUCCAUUGUGGCCAGUGUAACUGCACUGAGACUCUCAGCACUUCCUUCCCUAUUAUGUGAUGUAUGCAAUUGAAGGGAACAGUCAGACCUAGGCUAUUUUCCUUGGCUUAAGAGAACCACAAAACAUAGGAGAAAAAUGGCAAUGUUGCAAACAUAUCAAAAAGCCGAAACUCUACACCGUCCUAGUUUUGACUGAAAGAAUGCAGGAAGUCUUGAAUUACUCAGCCCUGCUCAUUCACGGUUUUCCAAAGGUCCUUAAAUCACAAACUUAGAGUCAAGCCUUCGUUCAUCUGCAUACAUAAUCCACUGUCCUGAAAGUAAUGCCAAAUCUUAUGGAUUCAAAGUUAGACUUUUUGUGAACUUGCUGGAAAGACUGGACAAACAGCUGGAAGAAUAAAUAAAAGACUGCACCAUACAUCGUUUGACCUUCAUUGAUCUUUCCAUUGUGAUGGCCACUGCUUUGUUGAUUGGCAUUUUUCAUUUGCUAAUCAGCACCUCUUGGUUCACUGUCCUUGAACAUCUUCCCAUUUGUACCGAGAGUAGGCUUGAGUCAAUUUUUGAGAAGAGAUCAUUCCUGGAGCUAGCACAGGUCUCCUGUGCAUUGUUAAACCCUCCCUAGGGAUGUUUCUCUGUAUGUUCCCUUUCUGUCACCCUGUCUGGAACCUACAGCAAUGAGCAUCUUCGGUGAAUCACUCAGCGGAUGAGAUUUAGCCACGAAGUGCAGUACUGUAAGUCUCACUUCAGGUGGUUUUACACACAGAUUUUUACCUAGGAAAGAGAGGAUUAAAUCUUGAGUACUCUCCAUUGAGCAGUGCCCCCUAAGACAAGGCUGGGGGUUUAGCAGAGCUCAGAAAUCUGUUUAAGUGAGGAGCAGAUGCAGCUUAGACAUCUUUCUGUGUCAGUACCCUUAACCAGAGAAGCUGCAGGCAAUAGAAACCUGUAGCAGCCCUGUGAGGGUCACCAGUGCAGAUCUGAAAUACUUUUCUAGUACUGUGUCUGUGCAGCAGUGACAUGGAGAUGAAGGAGAGAGUCCUUUGUCAGUGCAGAGGGGAGUUUCUCACCUUUCCAGCUUUGUAAGAAAGAUGUGCUGCAAGCAGGUAGCAAGCUUUGGACAUAACUUAUGACCACAAUUGUUAAUUAUGGGGUGCUGUUCCUUGCCCCGUGAAACAAAUGAAGUCUGUGACCAAACUGAACUGCCAGUGAACACUUUCCUUAAAUUAUUUAUGUCUCUGUAAAUGAUGCAUUGUAGCGCUCAUUAAACCUAAAAGUUACUCUUA